AACACACUUACACACACACAGACACAGAGAGCAGAACACACUCCAGCGGAACCCACUCGCGCCCGGUGCUGUAGUGUUGGACACCGCCUGCUGCUCUGCUCUGUGUGCGGGCUCUGCAGACUGGGUUUACUGGACUUUACUGGGAUUUUACUCACUUAUUUCUAGAUUUCCUGCGAUGUUUGGACUUUAUGGAGCUGUUCUGCUGCUCGUGCACGCGCUGGUGCUCGUGCGCACUCAGUUCCCGCGCGUGUGCGUGACCGCGGAGGGCCUCAGGAGCGCGCAGUGCUGCCCGUCCCCGAACGGCCUCGGCGAUGACCCGUGUGGCGCGAGCCUCGGGCGCGGGCAGUGUGUGGACGUGAGCGCGGAUACGCGUGCACACGGGCCGCAGUACCCGUACACCGGGCGCGAUGACCGCGAGAGUUGGCCGCGACGCUUCUUCACGCGCGCGUGCCGCUGCAACGGGAACUACAGCGGGUUUGACUGCGGCCGCUGCAAGCACGCGCACACCGGAGAGGAGUGCCAGCAGCGCGUUCCCGUGGUGCGCAGGAAUGUGCUGACGCUGAGCGCGGAGCAGAAGCGUGUGUUCGUGAGCGCUCUGGAUCAGGCCAAACGCACGACGCAUCCGGACAUCGUGAUCGCCACACGACACUACAGCGAGAUCUUCGGGCCAGACAACAGCACUCAGUUCCAGAACAUCAGCAUCUACAACCUGUUCGUCUGGACCCACUACUACUCCGUCAGCAAGACCUUCCUGGGGGACGGAGAGCCCAGCUUCAGCGCAGUCGACUUCAGUCACGAGGGGCCCGGCUUCCUGACCUGGCACCGCUACCACCUACUGCAGCUGGAGCGCGACAUGCAGGAUAUGCUGCGGGACCCGAGCUUUGCGCUGCCGUUCUGGGAUUUCUCCACCGGGGGCAGCGAGUGCGACAUCUGCACUGACGACCUGAUGGGGGCGCGCAGCCGCUUCGACUCCACUGCCAUCAGCUCCAACUCCAUCUUCUCCAGCUGGAGGGUGAUCUGCGAGAGUGUGGAGGACUACGACACGCUGGGCACCAUCUGCAACAGUACGGAGAGCAGCCCGAUCCGCAGAAACCCCGCCGGUAACGUGGCACGGCCGAUGGUUCAGCGUCUGCCGGAAGCUCAGGAUGUGGCGGCGUGUUUGGAGAUCGACGCUUUCGACACGCCGCCAUUUUACUCCACAUCAUCCGACAGCUUCAGGAACUCCAUCGAGGGCUACAGCGCUCCUGAAGGCCCCUAUGACCCUGUAGUGCGCAGUCUCCAUAAUCUGGCUCACCUGUUCCUGAACGGGACGGGCGGGCAGACGCACCUGUCCCCCAACGACCCCAUAUUCCUGCUGCUGCACACCUUCACUGACGCCAUCUUUGACGAGUGGCUGCGCAGACACACUGCAGAUGUUUCCUCAUAUCCUCUGGAAAACGCGCCGAUCGGACACAACCGCGAGUUCAACAUGGUGCCGUUCUGGCCGCCGGUGCGGAACGCAGAGAUGUUCGUGAGCGCGGCGGACAGCCUGGGCUACUCCUAUGAGGUGCAGUGGCCAGCUCGUGCGCUCACGCUGACCCAGAUCAUCACGGUAACGGUGGUAGCUGCUCUCAUCAUCGUCGCCAUCGUCUUCGCCGCCGCCACGUGUGUCGUUCGCUCUCGUUCGUUCGGGACGGAGACUCGGCAGCCGCUGCUUGGAGAUCAGUACCAGCGCUACGACGAGCAGCACAAAACACAGUCAGUGGUGUGACGCUACGAGGGCGCUGCUGCUCCAUCAGUGUCUGCUCUCAGCUGCUGUGUUCUUCAGGAGGUUCUGCUGGUUUUUUGGAGGAUUGGGGCUGAUAUUGUUCAUCUCUCUGGUGCUGGAAGACUCUGUCCUGUCCUCAUGUCGCUGUGCUUUUCUUAAUCAUAUUAAUAAAGUCAUAAAUCAAUAACACAA